GCGUUCGAACCGCUGCUUUCGAUCUCAUUGCUACUUCAGUAUGUUGUCCUUGAGUAGCAAAAAAGGGCUUCAUAGGCUGAUUUAUUCAUCAUACUCGCGUCUUUUAUCUUCAGAGCCAAGUCAACCUUCAAAAGUUGAUAGUUCUGAUGAGUCCAUCCCGUACAAAUCGUACAGUCCUUUCCCAAAACCACAAGGGAAAAUAGACUAUGUUAUCACCCGGCUUGAUGAUUUAGCAGACUGGGCUAGAAAAAAUUCGAUAUAUCCGCUUACUUUCGGUCUUGCAUGCUGCGCUGUUGAAAUGAUGCAUAUCGCUGGGCCUCGUUAUGACAUGGAUCGUUAUGGGGUAGUUUUUCGGGCUAGCCCACGUCAAGCUGAUCUUCUAAUCGUAUCUGGAACUGUUACAAACAAGAUGGCUCCGGCCCUUCACAGAAUUUACAGCCAAAUGACUCAGCCGAAGUGGGUUAUUUCAAUGGGUUCUUGUGCAAAUGGUGGCGGUUACUAUCAUUAUUCAUAUAGCGUUGUACGUGGUUGUGAUCGAAUUAUUCCGGUUGAUAUAUAUGUCCCAGGUUGUCCUCCAUCUGCAGAAGCGCUGAUGUAUUCUAUAUUACAACUGCAAAAGAAAAUUAAAUCUGAAAAACACGUUAGAUCAUGGUAUAGGAGAUAAAUGAUGAAUUUAUCUUAAAUGAAAGAAUUUUCAGAACUGAAUUGUAACUCACUCUCCAAAAUUGAUUCACACAUUAGUGUUUACUUGUAUUUAUUAUAGAAAACCAAACCUUUCUAGAUAUACAUGUGUUUAUCUGUUUGAAUUUGCGUACCACGUUUUGAGUGAAAUGUGAGUUGCACAUCUGUUGUACUCUUCAGAAGAUAUAAGUUAACUUUCCCAGCCACUAUCCAUCCUGUGGUUCAAUGGUGACUAGCGUCUAAGUUGGUUGAAAGAAAGCUAAGGAAUGCUAAACCAAACAAUGAUAUCAAUUCAUUAUAUCAAUGACUGCUUAUAUUGGUCGCCUUGGGAAUCGCAUAUCUCUUCAUGGUCCGCACACUAAUCAUGGAUCUCAAGUGAUAUAACUCGUAAUCAGUUAUAAAAAUUCAGUCUCAUUCAUCCAUUUCUGAACUGUCCUCAGGUGUCAUAAUAGAAAAAGCUCAUUGAUUGAUUCAGCUUAACCAAAAAUGGUGUGAACAAUCUAUCAUGAUAUAAUGGACAAAACUAUACAACUCAGAGCUUGUAUCUACCCACAACAUCAUUAUCAUCAGAAGGAAUGUAUUUUACUACUAAAUCGUCAAAUCAGAAUGAAGCAGCUAACUGUUUCAGGUAUUCAUUUUACAAUAAUAGAAGUUCAAAUGAAAAUCUAAGACAAAAUAAUGGCAAAUUCCUUACUCCUUUUCGUUGCCAACUUCAACCAUCAAAAAUAAAUCACUAUCCUUAGUAACUCCAAUCGUACUUUCUAGAAUAGAUUCACCUAUGUAAUGGUAAAUAAUAAAUAUGAUAAAAAAAAUAAAAACACAUACAUAUUACUGAUAAAAAAAUCCAACAUUUUAAACAAAUUCUUUAUAGGUGUUAUCAAAACACUCCUCAUGUAUCGUGGACUAAACGACUGAAGGACAUUGACGUUUGAUUUAGGCGAACAAAAUAAAACGGUUGAUAAGACUGAGAAUAUGCGUCGAUUGAAGCGUCUGUAUUAUGUGUACCAUGUACCCGGCUAUCGCUUACUUUGAAAAGCGAUGUUGACUGAAGGGUAAAAUUGGAAGAAAGCUAGAAGCAACUAACUUAAAAAAG